AUGAACGAGUAUGGAACGCUACCAGGAGGUUCGCUGGCAUCUAUCAAGCCAUUCGAACUGCACAUUCCUGAGCAGCAAAUUAUUGACUUUAAACAAUUACUGAAGCUGACGCCUCUUGCUUCCGCAACCUACGAGAAUCAGCAAGAAGAUCGUCGUUACGGAGUAACUCGAAAAUGGCUUGGUGAAGCGAAAGAGUAUUGGCUUAACCAGUUCGAUUGGCGGAACUGCGAGAAGCAUAUCAAUAGUUUUCCGAACUUCAAGGCCGAAAUCGUGGACGACAAUGGAGAUACGUUUCAGAUUCAUUUCGCUGCACUGUUCUCGAAGAAGAAUGAUGCCGUACCGAUCGCAUUCUUUCAUGGUUGGCCUGGUUCAUUUUUGGAAUUUUUGCCAAUGAUGGAUGUUAUCAGAAAAAAAUAUCCUGCUUCGAGUCUGCCCUAUCACAUAGUGGUUCCAUCUCUCGUUGGUUAUACGUUGAGUUCCGGUCCACCUUUAGACAAGACAUUCACAUCAAAAGACAUUGCUCGGAUCAUGGACAAGCUGAUGAAAAUGUUGGGAUUUGGAAGUGGCUAUGUUGCCCAGGGAGGCGACAUUGGGAGCGGUGUCACUCGGAUCCUAGCCACUGGCUAUGAGUCAUGCAAAGCUGUUCACUUAAACUUCUGUCCUGCGGACUACCAAAAUAUGCCGUUCGAUAAGAUUAACAAUGCUGAGAAAGAAGCGCUGCAGCGGAGGAAGGAAUGGUCCCCAUACGGCACUGCUUAUGCGAUGGAGCACGGCACACGACCGGCGACCAUAGGUUUCGCGCUGGCUGCAAACCCACUUUCAUUGCUGUCCUGGAUAGGCGAGAAGUUCUUAGAAUGGACAGAUGAGGAUCCUUCUCUUGAUACCAUUUUGGAAGCAAUAUCCUUGUACUGGUUCACUGAGACCUUUCCAAGGUGCAUCUACCCUUAUCGAGAGAGAUGGGGGCGGAAGGAACCCGAAGAUCACGAAAGUGGUGCAAAAAGUAGAUGGGGAGGUUACAUAGACAAGCCCUUCGGAUUUUCAUGGUUUCCAUAUGAGUUGAUUCCUACGCCAAAGGUUCUGGCGGCAAAAACAGGUAACAUGGUUUGGCACCGUCAGCACACCAAAGGGGGCCAUUUUGCAGCUUUGGAACGGCCAGUGGAUUUUGCACAAGACAUGGAGGAUUUUGUCGCUACAGUUUUGCCGAUGAUUACGAUUUCGAAGUAA